UCCGGAUUUUAUUUUGAAUUUGUCCGGGGUUUCCCCUUUGCUUUUCCUUGCCUCAUCGCGGCUUGACGUUUGAGCUUUGUGGCCGCAAACGGAGCUCUCAGUCAUCCCGUAGAAGCGGAGCGGCGCGGGGCGUACUGACGGUGACCACCCGACAACCUGUUCAUCUACUUUAAACAAGUUCCACAACAAAGUUUCAUUCGUGUUCUCUUCCGAGGUGCAGACUUUUACCACCACCAUUAUCAUCGGGCAGCUUAUCUGAGAAGUUUGACUUUUCCGGGCGAUGUCUGGAUCAUACUGCAAAACUCUGUACCCGUUCAGUGGAGAGCAGCAUCAACAGGGACUGAGUUUCAAUGCAGGGGAGAUGAUCAAGGUGGUGCAAUCUCUGCCCGGAGGCUGGUGGGAAGGAGAGAAAGAUGGAGUCCGAGGAUGGUUUCCUUCAAGUUAUGUCCAGGUGCUGGAGAGAACAGCAUCGCUAAGUCAGCUUCCGCUGGAGGACCUGAGAGACCCUCUGCCUCCUCACUGGAAAUGCUACAUGUCUCCACAAGGACGGCGAUACUAUGUCAACACCACAAGCAAUGAGACAACAUGGGAGAGACCCUCCAGUGCUCCCGGCACUCCAAAAUCAUCCCUGCGUCACAAGGGCUCCUUGCCAGCAGUGAAUGGAUUUCACUCAGGCGGCAGCCCCUUGCAUCAUCUGGAACCUCCACACAACAAUAUGGUCCGGAAAGGCAGUACAGACCAACAGAGCCCCGGACCAACGUCGCCCACCAAGAAACAGAACAAGGAGACCACGGUGACGAUUAAUUGUGUGACUUUCCCUCUGCCUGCCGCCAUGUCAGAACAACAGCUGCUUAAACCAAACGAAUGGAGUUACUGUGACUACUUCUGGACCGAUAAGAAGGAUCCCCAGGGCAACAACUACAUCACCGGGUUUGAAGUGUUACUGCAGAAACAGCUGAAAGGGAAACAAAUGCAGAAAGAGAUGGCCGAAUUUAUACGGGAGAGGAUAAAGAUUGAGGAGGAAUACGCCAAGAAUCUCUCCAAACUUGCCCAGAUCCCACUAGCAAGCCAGGAAGAAGGGACGUUGGGGGAGGCUUGGGCCCAGUUGAAGAAAAGUCUGGCUGAUGAAGGGGAGGUUCACCUGAAGUUCUCCUCAAAACUGCAGAGUGAAGUGGAGAAACCUUUGCUGAGCUUCAGGGAGAACUUUAAGAAAGACAUGAAGAGGUUCGACCAUCACAUUGCGGACUUACGGAAGCAGCUCGCGACUCGCUAUGUUUCGGUGGAAAAGGCCCGUAAAGCUCUGGCUGACAGACAGAAGGAAUUGGAGUUGAAAACUCAGCAGCUGGAGAUCAAACUCAAUACCAAGACUGAGGAAGACAUCAAGAAAGCCCGCAGGAAAUCCACUCAAGCAGGAGAUGAGCUCAUGCGCUGCGUGGACCUAUACAACCAAUCGCAGUCCAAAUGGUUUGAGGAGAUGGUCACCACCAGUCUGGAGUUGGAACGGUUGGAGUUGGAGCGAGUGGAGAUGAUCCGGCAGCACAUGUGUCAGUACACCACGCUACGACACGAGACGGACAUGUUCAAUCAAAGCACGAUGGAGCCGGUGGACCAGCUUUUACAGUCCGUGGACCCCGCCAAAGACCGGGAGGUCUGGGUGAAGGAGAAUAAGACGGGAGACAUUAGGCCUGUGGACAUCGAGAUAUAAACUGUAAACAGCUCACCUUGGAGGCAAGGCAACAUGUCUGCUUGACCUUGGUGGGGGGAGUGGGGUGAUGGUGUGUUGGAUCACUAAAGCAGCAACGAUCCUCAUAUGACUUUACACACAAAGGGUGGUGGUGAUAACCUUCCAUCAAGAACCUGCUGAAGAUGAUGAUGAUGUCAAGUUCGUGGUCAGAUCAAGCCAACUUUUUUUCUUUAUGCAAGCAAAUGGACACUUAUAGUGAUGCAAAAGACUUUGUCUCAAGGAUAAAGAAAGCCCCUCAGUGGACAAUGUACACGUGUUAAAUUACCCCCUUUUUGCCAUGCUGCAGUGGAUGUAAAAGUUGCUGUUUUUAAAUGUGCUUUUGCUCUGUGUGAUCAUUCUCACCCGUGCGACUUUGGGAUUUAUUGGCAGAAAUAAUUGAACGGAUGCCGCGGAGCGAAUUGCAUUCUGAGCGAUGAGUGUUGUAGCUCCGUGUACACUUUAAUGGCUGAUGUUAUACUAUGAUACAUCACAUGCAGUUACUGACCCUCUCCCCUCACACUGUUGCUACACCUGAAAGUAUUCCAUGAAGCUCUGCGUCGGUUGAUGCAGCCAUUAACCAUACACGUUCACAAUACCUUUUGACUGACGUGUUUUUAGAUUAGUGAUUUCAUUUUGACUACCACUACGUUCGACGAUU